CUCUUUUGUCUAGCUAGUUAUCAGAAAGCACCAAUUAACCAACCAUGGUUCUCUCAAAGACUACAUUGGAGUCCGAUGUCUCCAUCCAUUCCACCUUCGCUUCCCGAUACGUCAGGACUUCCCUUCCGAGGUAUAAGAUGCCGGAGAAUUCGACACCAAAAGAAGCGGCGUAUCAGAUCAUCAACGACGAACUGAUGCUGGAUGGGAACCCAAGACUGAAUCUGGCCUCCUUCGUCACCACCUGGAUGGAACCUGAGUGCGAUAAACUCAUGAUGGCCUCCAUUAACAAGAACUACGUCGACAUGGACGAGUACCCUGUCACCACCGAGCUUCAGAAUCGAUGCGUCAACAUGAUAGCAAAUCUAUUUAAUGCUCCACUUGGGGAUUCAGAAGCUGCUGUUGGUGUUGGAACUGUUGGUUCGUCGGAGGCGAUAAUGCUUGCAGGUCUUGCUUUCAAGAGGAAAUGGCAGAACAAGAGGAAGGCUGAGGGCAAACCCUACGAUAACCCUAACAUUGUCACCGGAGCAAAUGUUCAGGUCUGCUGGAAGAAAUUUGCAAGGUAUUUUGAAGUUGAGCUGAAGGAGGUGAAGCUUAGGGAAGGCUACUAUGUGAUGGACCCUGAUAAAGCCGUCGAAAUGGUUGAUGAGAACACCAUCUGUGUCGCCGCUAUUUUGGGUUCGACCCUCAACGGAGAGUUCGAAGAUGUCAAGCGAUUGAAUGAUCUCUUGGUAGAAAAGAACAAACAAACUGGAUGGGAUACCGCAAUUCAUGUUGAUGCAGCUAGUGGUGGAUUCAUUGCACCAUUCCUUUACCCAGAGCUUGAAUGGGACUUCCGUUUGCCGUUGGUUAAGAGCAUCAAUGUUAGUGGCCACAAAUACGGUCUUGUCUAUGCCGGUAUUGGUUGGGCCAUCUGGAGGAGCAAGGAAGACUUGCCUGAAGAACUCAUCUUCCACAUCAAUUACCUUGGAACUGACCAGCCCACCUUCACCCUCAACUUCUCUAAAGGUUCCAAUCAAGUUAUUGCUCAGUAUUAUCAACUAAUUCGCUUGGGUUAUGAGGGCUACAAGAAUGUCAUGGAGAACUGCAGGGAAAAUAUGAUAGUGCUAAGUGAACAAUUGGAGAAGACUGGGAGGUUCAACAUCGUCUCAAAGGACAAUGGUGUCCCACUUGUGGCGUUCUCUCUUAAGGACAACAGACCGUACAACGAGUUCCAGAUUUCGGACAUGUUGAGAAGGUUUGGGUGGAUUGUGCCGGCUUACACAAUGCCACCGGACGCACAGCAUGUAACAGUCCUUCGUGUUGUGAUCCGAGAAGAUUUCUCUCGCACCCUUGCCGAGCGACUUGUGUUGGACAUCGAGAAGGUACUGCAUGAUCUUGACAGUCUACCGGCCAAGAUAUCGGUCAACUUGGCAGUGGAGAGUAAAGAGAAGAACGGGUGUUGUAAUGGACGUGUUGUAGUGAAGAAGACUGCUUUGGAGACACAAAGGGAGAUCACUACUGCAUGGAUGAAGUUGGUUAUGGAGAAGAAGACUAACGGCGUUUGCUAGGACUACUCUCAAUGAGUUUCUUUUU